AUGUAUAUUAACUCUAUCUCAUCCAUCGAGGCGACUUUCGUGAACAUCACGUUUCAAUCAAGCAAACAGGAAGACUUGAACGACGCCUUAUCGGUUCGCUUAAGUCACACACGCGAAAACCGAUCAAAUUCAAGGUACAUUUUUGAAAAAGUGAGGCGUUCUUAACUGAUCCAACUAAUAUAGCUAGGAAGUAGGUGCCAUAGAAAAGGUAACUACAGAAAAAAACUUUGCGGCCCGACCUUUACUAAAACUUUAUAAGUCCGUGAACUUACCUCAUUUUCGGCAAUCUCCAAGUUUUGCCGCCAUUUUGAAGUACUUGUCAACAUGAAGCGUAGCAGAUAAAAAUCGAGCAGGUAGAUCUAAAACAGCCAGAAAUACAUACGAAAGCAUUUAAAUGAACUUCACUUUCAAUUCAAGGGGCAAAAUCUGAAAUUGUUCGUUAAACCUACCAUUCCUACAUCCCCAUGCGACCAUUUCUUCCAACAAUUCAAACACUACAACUAGUGACCACUAGUGUUCGAAUUUCCCUUGUCGAUUCCACCGUAAGAAAUAACCUGUGCCACCCAAGCUUCGACUCGAAUGUGAAGUACGAAUCAAACAACAUAACUGCGUCAUCUUCGAGGCCAUAUCACGAUGGUAUUUUGAUUUUCUGAUCGACAAGAACGGUGAUCAGGAGGUGAUCGCCAUGUUUACCUCAUAAAGGUGACCGCUGACCAGCCGCUGAAUGAAAACAGUACACCGCGGGGUGGUGUGGGUGGCGGACUUAUCGUGAUAAGAUAUUCGAAUACACGCUAAAAAAGCUUCAGGACUCUCAGUCUAAACAGUGAAGGCAUGCUUCGUGGUACAGACAACUUUUAUUUUAUUCUCAUAACUUUUUCCUUAAAAUUAGAACUGGUAUUAAUUAAUAGAGUUAUUUAAAUUUUUUUUAACCGAGGUACCCAUAUGACCUUUUUGCUUGUCCUCAGUGGUAUAAAAUAAGGUGUCUUUUCUUCCAGAACCUUUUAUUUAUGCGUUAUUGCAGUGGAAUGAACACUAUACUUAGAAGGUUUGUUCUGAAUCAUUUUGCGGUUCCCAAGAAUGUAUGCAAAAUCAUAGCUUUAUACAAAGCUGACUCUAAAAUAUGAUUUUCCGUAACAGUAACCAAUGUCAUUUAGGUAAGGUGUUGAUAAAACUAGCAAUGUACAAUUUUUAGCGUUUUCCACUUAUAAGACUGACGUACAAUUGUCAAGUGAACUAUGUUAGUUUCAACUCAUUCCUUGAUUUGAUGUGACCUUUUAUCACUAACCCCCAUUCUUUUCAUCUGCAAUUUUCCUGUACUUUUUUUUUUUUUUCAUAUGACAACGACAAAGAGUUUUAUAAGUAAACCGAUUUUUUGGUGUACCACGCUUAUUACAUUUUAUAUUCAAAUACAUGCAAAAGGCCGGCUAAAUAAGCUCCUCCCCCUGCUCCUAAUUUUUUGGGUUGCCUUCGCCCCAUGCCUCUGACGACUCCCUGUCGGCUAAAAGGAAAUUUGAAAGACUGCUAUGCAGGAAACAUUUUCUUUUUCUUCAUUUUCAUUUUCCCUCUACAAUUUUUUUAUAAGUAUGUAAAGAUAUAAAAGACAUAAAGGUUUUUACAAGUAAACUGUUUUUCUUUUUUGUACCACUCUUAAUAUAUACAUAUACUUUGUUCUCGCAAAAUGGUGGGUAAGAACGGCUGAAUAUAUACCUACUUGGAAAUAAAAUGAUGCUGUUUGGUUUCCCGUUAAAACAUUACGUAUGAGUGACGCGUGUCCCCUCAAAUUGUGACAAAACCACCUCACAAAGUCAAAGCAAAAGAGAAAAAAGUGUAAUUUUCAUAGCCAACUUACAGUCUCUACAUUUUAGACAGCUACAAGGGCCAUUGGGUCACUGCUUGAUGGUGUAGUUAUCCUUCCACUGAGCACUGGAGUUCAUGGGUCAUUUCCUUUAUUUUUGACAUUAGAACAGCUUUAAAAUCUCUAGAUUUAAGCUGGGUUGAAAAAUCCUCAUCCCUUACCCUUUCAGAAGACGACAGUACCAAUGUUAUCGAGAGACAGGGUAGUGAACCUUUCCAGUCGAAUUUAAGUGAAGGAUAGGCACUUCAUAAGCCAAAAGGUGGCGCUGUUCGCUUCUAAGAGAAAGUAAAGCAGUAUCUCAACUCCAAGUUUGAAAUUGGUGAGCAAUCUGGAAGGAAAGAGGAUCUGCGACAAUUCUCGCAAGAUAUGAGGAAAGCGAAGGGGGAAAACAGGGAGGGCCAGUUUUCCCGGGAAGAGUGGCUGACCAAAGCCCAAAUACAAGGAUUUUUCUUCCGUUUGUCCUCCUCGAGAUGGAGACGGGUAGGUUCGUCUCCGAGCACCGCGGUUGACGAUAAAUCUGACGAGGAAUUAAUUGACGAAGAAGAAGUGAAUCACAUGACCACCGUCGAAUCAGUUGUAACAGAAAUUGGCUUAACGCAUCCGAUUGUCUAUGACAUUUAUGACUAG